AUGGGCACAGAGAUGGAGUAUUCGUCUCCAACCUCCGACUCGGAAAAGCCAGAGGUCUCGGAUCGGGAGAAUGAGCUGCCGGCUUCAGCAGCACCAGACGCGAACUCGUCUGGGCACGGCCCCAUACCGAACGGCGGACUGCAGGCCUGGCUGCAAGUGCUGGGCUCAUGGGUGGUCCUCGUGGCCACAUGGGGCUUGGUCAACACGUUUGGUGUCUUCCAGACCUACUACGAGACGGAACUCCUCAGCACCUCGUCAUCAGCGUCCAUUUCCUGGAUUGGCUCGAUCCAGGCGUGCCUGCUCAUGCUGGUCGGAGUGGUGGCCGGGCCGCUCUACGACGCGGGCUUCUUCCGGUACCUGCUCUCCACAGGGCUGUUGCUCAUCAUCUUUGGCCAGUUCAUGAUCUCCCUCGGCACGGCGUACUGGCACAUCCUCCUCGCACAGGGUGUGUGCGUCGGCAUCGGCAUGGGUCUGAUCAUGUUGCCUUCUACAGCCAUCCUGGCACAGUACUUCACUACGAGACGGGCGCUGGCGAUCGGGAUCGCGAGCUCAGGCAGCCCCAUCGCAGGAAUCGUGUUCCCCAUCGUGUUCAGCAACCUCGUGAACAGGGUGGGGUUCGGGUGGGCGACGCGUGUCAUCGCCUUCAUCCUGCUUGGGCUGAGUGCGAUCCCCGUCGUGUUCAUGCGCACGCGGGUGCCGCCGUCAGGCAGGAAACGUGCCCUCAUCGACACCGACGCGCUGCGGGACCCAGCCUUCGUCUUGUUCGUGAGCGCGAGCUUCUUCUUGUUCCUGUGCCUGUACACGGCCUUCUUCUACCUGCAGCUGUUUGACGAGUUGCACGGUCUGUCGAGCCUCGCAUUUGCGCCGUACACGGUCACCCUGCUCAACGUGGGCAGCGUCUUCGGGCGGCUGCUUCCCAACUACUUCGCUGAUAAGGUAGGCAGCGUCAACACCUGCCUCGCCUGCGCGGCCGUCUCGGCGGUUCUUCUGCUCGGCUGGCUGGGUAUCCACAACCUGGGCGGGCUGGUAGUGUUUGCCCUGCUGUACGGCUUGUUCUCGGGCGGGAUCGUCUCGGUGACGCCCAGCGCGGUCAUGAGCAUGUCCCCAGACAUGUCGCGCGUCGGCACGCGGAUGGGCAUGACAUUUAUGCUCGCGGGCUUCUCCAUCUUGCUUGGUACACCCAUCGCGGGUUGGAUCCUGGGUGGAUUCAGUGAGAGCGAAUGGAAGGGCGUCAUUGGGUAUUCGGCGGCUGGCGUGACGGUGGGAACGUGUUUGUAUGCGGGCUCGAGGUUGGUGUUGUACAGGCGGAAUGGUAAAUUGGUGGCAUGAGAUUAUAGAGGUUGACAACCUUUCCAAGACAUUGCGUACAAAUACAUUAUAUGCUAUACCUGGCAGCAUAUACAGCAUGGAGUACAGGGAUGGGUAGCCUCUUAUACUGUAUCAUUAGGUUUGCAUGGCAGAAAUACAGAUGAGUGUACAUUGU